GCGAAGGUCACCAUGGCGGCGGCCUUGGCUCGGCUCGGGCUGCGAUCCGUCAAGCAGGUUCGGGUUCAGUUUUGCCCCUUCGAGAAAAACGUGGAGUCGACGAGGACCUUUCUCCAAGCGGUGAGCAGCGAGAAGGUCCGCGCCACCAAUCUCAACUGCACGGUUAUUGCAGACGUGAGGCAUGACGGCUCCGAGCCCUGCGUGGACGUGCUGUUCGGAGACCGGCAUCGCCUGAUAAUGCGUGGCGCUCAACUCCCCGCUCAGGAAACGUUCAUCGCUUUCGCUUCCCACGUUCGGGCCAGGAACCCAGCGGGGAGCCGGAACAAACCUGGCGCUGGUACUGAACGGUGACAUCGCGAAAGAAACCAACAAGCAGAUUUUGACUUGGGACAAGGACACUUAAGCGCGACUUCAUCAUUCAAAUCACUAUCUGGAGGGCCACGGAGCAGGGUGGGAUGGGAGAGCUUUGCCACUACAAUGGUUGGGGGGGCAAGAGAAGAUAGGGGUGAGAAGAGGUUUAAAUGAACUUGAAUUUUUUUCUUUCUUACCCUCACUCACAGCUUAACCCUUUUUAAUAUGGCUUCUUACAUCACUCAAAAUACCGUUUGUUCUUGUUUACCAAACGUGCUAUUUCCUCAAUCCUCAGCUCUCUAUCUCAUUAGCUUUUGUCACUCUUAAUUCACCUUCUCGUGGUACCCCUGCCCCUCUUGGAUUUUUCUUGCUUCUUAAACAUAAAGGCAUACUGCCCUCAUCUUUUUUUUCUUCUUUGUGUUCUUCCUAGGGCAACCCAUCCCCUGUCAUAACUUGAACUAUCCUCUCUGGAGUAAAACCCUACAUUUCUGUUUCGUUCAAAUCCCAAUUACUGCACUUUAUUCAGGUUACUUACUACCAGCUUCUUCCAAUUGCCAUCAACAUUCUUUGUCUAAAACAGUAUUAAUUCCAGGAGGUGGUACAGACCUGUAACCCCAGUGAUUCUGGAGGCUGAGGCAGGAGGAUCACAAGUUCUAGGCCAGCCUCAGCAAUUUAGUGAGACCCUUCUCAAAAAAAAAAAAAAUACUAAGGACUAGGAUGCAGCUUAAUGGUAGAGUGCCCCUGGGUUCAAUCUCUAGUACCAGAAAUAAAUAAUUAAAAAGCUCUUGAUGGUUGGGGUUGUGGCUCAGUGGUAGAGGGCUAGCCUAGCAUGUGUGAGGCACUGGGUUCAAUCCUCAGUACCACAUACAAAUAAAAGUCAUUGUGUCCAUAUACAACUAAAAAAUAUUUUUUAAAAAAGCUCUUGAGGGGCUGGGGUUGUGGCUCAGUGGUAGAACACUCGCCUAGCAUAUGUGAAAUAAAUAAAACAAAGGUAUUGUGUCCAGCUACAACUAAAAAAUAUUAAAGAAAAAAGGUCUUGUAUCACUA